GUUUGCAGGGUACAAGUAUCAGAGCGCAUAGAACAACGGAGAGCGAGGGGCUUGGUUUUACAUACAAGGAGUAUCCUUUCCCUCGCAAAGGGAAACACACAUCUCUUUUUAAGAGGGAGAGAGAGAGAGAGAGAGAGAGAAAAGAGAGAGGUAAUCAAUCAUGAAUCCCUCAGGGGCAGUUCGAUCCAAGCUCUUACGGCCUCUCGCCAUGGCGCUAACCCCUUCUUCCUCGCCUUACUCUGCAACUCUGGGCUCCAUAGUUUCCAGAAGAAACUUCGCCUCGUCGUCCUCUGAUGAGGUCCUAACGAUCGAGACCAGCGUCCCCUUUACCAGCCACAAAUGCGAGCCACCAUCAAGGUCUGUCCAAACGACCCCGAAAGAAUUGAUGGGUUUCUUCCAAGACAUGGCUCUGAUGCGAAGGAUGGAGAUUGCUGCUGAUUCUCUCUACAAGGCGAAGCUGAUUAGAGGCUUUUGCCAUCUCUAUGAUGGUCAGGAAGCAGUAGCGGUGGGCAUGGAGGCGGCGAUUACCAGAAAAGACUGUAUCAUCACUGCUUACAGGGACCAUUGCAUCUAUCUAGGGAGAGGGGGCACUCUUGUGGAGUCAUUUGCAGAGCUUAUGGGAAGGACGGGUGGUUGUUCAAAGGGGAAAGGGGGAUCUAUGCAUUUCUAUAAGAAGGAGAAUGGGUUUUAUGGGGGCCAUGGAAUUGUGGGUGCUCAGAUUCCCCUUGGGUGUGGGCUUGCUUUUGGGCAGAAGUACACAAAGGAUGAGACUGUGACCUUCACUUUGUAUGGUGAUGGUGCUGCAAAUCAGGGUCAGCUCUUCGAGGCUCUCAACAUAGCUGCUCUGUGGGAUUUGCCUGCCAUUCUUGUCUGUGAGAAUAAUCACUAUGGUAUGGGGACAGCAGAAUGGCGAGCUGCCAAGAGUCCAGCUUAUUAUAAGCGUGGGGAUUAUGUUCCUGGAUUGAAGGUGGAUGGCAUGGAUGUCCUUGCCGUAAAGCAGGCUUGCUUGUUUGCUAAGGAGCAUGCAUUGAAGAAUGGACCCAUUAUUCUUGAAAUGGAUACCUAUAGGUAUCAUGGGCACUCAAUGUCUGAUCCUGGGAGCACAUACCGCACUCGUGAUGAGAUUUCUGGUGUGAGGCAGGAACGUGAUCCACUUGAGAGAGUAAGGAAGCUUAUCUUAGGAAAUGAUAUUGCUACAGUGGCUGAGCUAAAGGAUAUUGAGAAACAGGCUAAAAAAGAAGUAGAUGAAGCAAUUGCUAAAGCCAAGGAAAGUCCCAUGCCUGAUCCUUCUGGUCUAUUCUCCGAUGUAUAUGUGAAGGGUUAUGGAACUGAGGCAUUCGGUGCUGAUAGGAAGGAGGUGAAAUCAGUUUUGCCUUGAUUUGAUUGACCGUACGACUUGUCAAAGAAUUCUUCAAAGCUUGAGUGAAUAAGGGGUUAGUUCCCCAUUUGCUGUGUAACCCUUUUAUGUAUAGAAUUAUGAAAAUUUUUCAAAGAUACCAUCAACUUCACAAGGAGCUCACAAUAGAGCCUUGCUGUUAUGUUCCCUUAUCUUAUCUGUUAUGGAUUCAACGUAACGGACCUGCCUUGAUUCCUUUCCGUAUUUGAUGUUUUGUAUGCAUUGGUUUGCACAGCUACUAGGGGCCAUUUGCUAAACUGAAAAUUUGGCCUGACACGUUGAUUGUUGUUUAUUUGAUUGCCAAUUGGAUCU